AUGUCCAAUGUUAAAUUAGCAAUAAGAGUUAGACCAUUUACUGAAAAAGAAUUACGAUCUGAGAAGGACCGGGUGGCUGUGGUUGGAGUUUUAGAUGAAAACACAGUUACAAUAACUAACAUCAAAGUAAGUCUCUCAGGUGCUGGAGAUAGUCGCGAGCGCAUUCGACGAUAUCAUGCGGACUAUACCUUUAAUAGUUCUUGCCCUGUCACACAAUCCGCUAACGCUUCACAAGAGAAAGUUUUUGAAUGCAUCGGUCGAUCGGUGAUAUCCAGUGUCUCGCAGGGAUGUUCGGCAUGUGUGCUGGCGUACGGACAAAGCGCUACGGGGAAAACACAUACAAUGUUGGGCACUGAGGCGCAGCCCGGACUGAUACCGAGGAUUUGCAAAGCUUUGUAUGAACAACAAUCUCAAACCUCCGAGUACACGAUCAGUUUCCUGGAGAUAUACAACGAGCGUGUUCACGAUCUUUUGUGUGCGGAGGCGGCGUUGCCUCCUUGUCAUUCCCUACCACGACGCAAAGGCAACGCGUGGAAGGACCUUCGCGUGCGUGAACAUCCACUUAGAGGAACUUAUGUGCAGAAUCUUCGACGUGUGGCCGUUCACAACCCAGAAUCUCUGCUAUCCUUGGUAGCGGAAGGAGUUAAACGACGUCGAACAGCAGCUACUAAACGCAACAGCACCUCAUCACGAUCACAUGCGCUUCUCGAAAUAGCCACCCCUCAUGCUACGCUGCAUCUUGCUGAUCUUGCAGGAAGUGAGAAGGCAAGCUGGGAGGGCUGUGGCGGCGGUAGACAGAAAGAAGGCGCUAAUAUAAACAAAUCUUUGGUAGCGCUUAGUAACGUUAUAUCUGCUCUUGUGAAUGGAGGUCUGGGGCGAGGGAAGUUCGUUCCAUAUCGUGACUCGGCUCUCACUUGGCUUUUGAAAGACUGCUUCACGGGCGGAGCCAACACUUUUAUUAUAGCCACCCUGUCACCGAGUGCCGCAUGCUACGGUGAGUCAGCGUCAACUCUUCGGUGGGCUGCAAGAGCUCGACAGUUACCGACUCCACGUGCCACUAACACCAACACUAACAUAGCUUCAAGAGCGGCUCUACAGGCGCAGUUUAAUCAGUUGAUAUCUGAACUCACUAGAAACCACAUUCGAUACAUUCCUGAAACAGGAAAGAUAACGUUUGACGAACAACAUUGGAAAGUAUGUGAAAAUAAUUCCGAAGACAAUGUUCUAACUAAAGUUGCAAAAAUAGGCAAUAUUAUGAACAUAAUGCGUCCGAAAGUUGACGCAAACUCAGAAUCAACGGCAUCGUCAGUUGCCAGCGGUAGUUCAGAUGUAAUAAAUACAAUGGAUAAAAAUGUAAACAUUACUAACGAAAUAAAUGAAGAAAUGGAUAAGUUAUUUGGAGCAACAUUAGAAAGAACAAGUAGUGGCGAUGAUUUGAAAAUGGUUGCCCCUCUUAGACAUAAAAAAAGACAGUAUAGAUCCCAAGAAGUUUUAGCCAUUGCUGAGACUUCAGAUCUAAUCUGUAACCAAAAUUUGACCAAUAAUUUGCCAAGCCACAGUGAAUUACAAAUAGGUCAUUUGCCUAAAGCAGAAAAACAAAAAGUUUCCCCGAUUACCAUUCUUCAUGACAACCAAAGGGCAGAAAUUGUUGCCUCUGUUACUGAAAGAUUGUACACGAAACUUAAAAAGAAAGAAGAGAGUGCUGUUUCGAAAGUAGAGUCAAUUGUUGACAAAAAAAUUGUGGAACCUCUUAGUGAACUAAAGAUUUGUACCAAUGCACGUCAAAGAUUAAUGGAUUUAAGUCAAAAAGCUAUAAGACAUAGAAGAAGAAUUGGCAUACCGGCACAUACACAGACUAAAAGAAUGGUAACUCGUGUGAAAGAUCAAGCUAUUGAUGUUCAAACUGACUUACACUCAUACAUUCCAGGCGAAAAGCGUUCUCUUACUCUUCAUCGGGAUGCAGCAACAGAAACAGUGCCUAUGACACCGCGUUGUAAAGAGAUAGCAGUUGGGCCGAAUGGUGCUCUGAACUUUAGUGAUAGGUCUACUGGAAUGAAACCCAUUAUUUCUAAGAGCUCUUUCAUGAUGACUGAGAUCGUGGCUAAAUCUGAAAGAUGUACGCAAACACAAGUUCUACCACUACCCAGAAGAAAAAAACACACAAUUAAUCCUACAACAUGUAUUUGCAAGCAUGAAGCUCGUAAUUUGACUGAAGAGUGUGCUGCCCCUCCAGUUAUAAGUAUAAACAUAUCUCAUACGUAUCCUGUAGAUUCAGAAUCUCAAACUUCUGAUGACAAUUCAGCGAAUUUUGUUACAAAUAAUAAAAUACCAAUAAUCGCAACAACUCCAGAUUUAUUAACGAACCAUAGUACUACUGAUGAACCAAACAUAGACAACGAGAAAGACCUAAAUGUUGCGUCAGUAAAUGUCACUAAUGAUGUUAUUAAUCCUACUAGUGAAGGUAGCUCUAAGCCAAUAGUUUUAAAUAGACAAAACGAGGACUUUCCUGAUACAGAUGAUUUAUCCCUACCAAGAGUAAGUCCCAAUGCUGUGAGAAAGGUCAAUCAAACUGAGAUUAAAAAUAUGAUACUUGGGCGCAAUCAAAACAUUUAUCCUUAUAAUAUAGUACUCUCUCCACUAAGAGAAAGAGAUACGAAAAGAUUUGUAACUUUCAAAGAUAUUGGUGCAUCUCAGACGAGUGCCAUUAUUGCUGAGCCUAAACUCGAAUGUGAUACAGAAUGUGACUAUAAUAAUGUAAUUUUUAAUAAUGAGAAUAGGGAAGUGUCAGUUUCUGAUAAUAAUUUUUCUUUAUCGCAUAAAAACGAGAGUACGUAUUCCGAUUCAACAGAAUCUAGUAAAGGAGACACAGGCUCUUUCAUAUGGAAGAAGGGAGAGGAGAAUAAUACCUUAGACAUGCUAAGGAGUAACCAUGUACCGGUUUAUAAAAAAAUUAAAUAUGAAACAGCUAAAGCAAAAGUCUUAAAAGAUUUUCUUAGGUUCGAAGAAAGUGACGAAGAAAAAGAAAGAACUUUACAUAGUUAUAAGUCUAGUGAAGAUGUCAAUGAUACUGUAAGUUCCAGUGAUAGUCAAGAAACAGUUAAUAUAUCUGUCAGGCAGUGUCAUCGUCGCAAACCACAUGUAAAUAAUAAGUUGCACAAGACUAAUAAGAUAUGCCAGUUUCAAAGUAUUGAAAGAAAUCUAUUUGAAUCAUGCGACAAUAUUGAAGAAUCAGUAAGAAGAUACGAAAAUUAUUUGGCAAAUUAUAAAGAAACUGUUAAAACUGAUGGAGGGAAUUCUGCAGUUCGUAGACCUAAAGAUUUUUUGCAACAUCUGGUGCAGUUGCGAAGAGAAGUAGUUAGAGCAGAAAGUGACAAUACGGACAGUUCGAUGGACGUACUCCGUGAAUAG